GCCCCGUUCCUCCGAGCCUCCGCCGGGGAGGAAGCGGAAAGAGCGGCGGCGGAAGAGGCCGGGGCUGGCGCUGGCAUGGAGCUGGGUGGUGGCGGGAGCCGGUAAUGUAAGUGAUUUUCUAGCAUGGACACUGUUGCUAGCCAUAGUUGUCAUCUUCUCCAGCAGCUACAUGAACAGCGCAUUCAGGGUCUUCUCUGUGACUGCAUGUUGGUGGUAAAAGGUGUCUGCUUCAAAGCACACAAAAAUGUAUUAGCUGCUUUCAGUCAAUAUUUCAGGACCCUUUUUCAGAAUUCUUCAGGCCAGAAGAAUGAUGUCUUUCAUUUGGACAUUAAAAAUGUAGGUGGAAUAGGCCAGAUCUUGGACUUCAUGUACACCUCUCAUCUGGAUCUUAGUCAGGACAAUGUACAAGCUAUGUUGGACAUUGCGCAGUGUCUUCAAGUGCAAAACGUGUUGAAUAUUUGCCACACCUUUUUAAAAUCUUCUACAGCUGUAGAGCAAACAGCCAGCAUGCCUUGUAGUAGUGUAUUUUCUCUGCAUAACACUUUGAGUGCGGAUACUAGCUGUGCCAGUGACAGUUAUGGAACAAACCUAUUACAUGAAUGCUCAUCUGACACGCAAGCUAAUAAAGUCUUGGCUGACCACCAUUCUCAUGCGUCGCAGUCUGUUAAUCUUCAUGCACCCUCAGGUGAUGUACAGAAACAGUCACACGACUCAUUAGAUGGCAACUGCACAGUGCUUCCAUUUAAGCAACCAAGUUACUAUUAUAAACUACGCAACUUUUACAGCAAACAGUUCUAUAAGCAAAACGCUUGCUCUAAUCAGGAGAGGGUGACAGAACAAUCCUUUUCUUACAACACAUCUACAGAAAUAAACACAGCAGAGAAUAAUUCUUGUGCUGUCAGUCACUCUGAAUGUAUUCUGGACACCUCUGAUCAUUUACCAUCAAACUUUCUGGUUCAGUCCUUGAAUGAAGCUGCUCCAGAUCAAGAUGCAGAAAGUGCACUUUUGCAGCCCACCGAACAGAUGCGGCUGAAAAAGGCAGUGCACCUCAAAAAGUUAAAUUUUCUGAGAUCUCAGAAAUCUGCAGAGCACCCUCCUGAGCCUAAAAGCGAUGACAGUAGUAUAACAAGGGUAAAUGAAUCUGUAAAUGAAAGUACUGUGGACAUGACAAAUGUCAGAGUUACUGAAGAAAAAGAAGCUGAAGACUUGGUGAAUUCUGAGAAUUUUGAACAAACUGUUGAAAUUGAAAGAUCUCAAGGGCCUUUGGAACAAGAAGGCCAGUCGCAGACUCUUCAGUCACAGAGACAAUAUACUUGUGAAUUAUGUGGGAAGGCUUUCAAACACCCAAGCAAUUUGGAACUUCAUAAAAGGUCUCAUACAGGUGAAAAACCUUUUGAAUGUAACAUUUGUGGGAAACACUUCUCACAGGCAGGUAAUCUCCAGACACAUUUACGUCGACAUUCUGGUGAAAAGCCAUACAUUUGUGAGAUCUGUGGGAAAAGAUUUGCUGCUUCUGGUGAUGUUCAGCGUCACAUUAUUAUUCAUUCUGGAGAAAAGCCUCAUCUGUGUGAUAUCUGUGGUAGAGGAUUCAGCAACUUCAGUAAUUUAAAGGAGCACAAAAAGACUCAUACAGCAGAUAAAGUAUUCACCUGUGAUGAAUGUGGGAAGUCAUUCAACAUGCAACGAAAAUUAGUGAAGCACCGAAUUAGGCACACGGGAGAGAGACCAUACAGCUGUUCAGCAUGUGGGAAAUGUUUUGCAGGCUCUGGUGACCUGCGUAGACAUGUGAGGACUCACACAGGAGAAAAACCCUAUACAUGUGAAACUUGUAACAAAUGCUUCACUCGCUCUGCUGUUCUGCGGCGGCACAAGAAAAUGCAUUGUAAAGCCACUGAUGAAGGUCCAAACACAAUCGACGAAUUUACUCAAGGGAUGGAAACUUCUGAUCUUGAGAAAUCUCAGAGUUCGGACAAUUUUAGCCAAGAAAUGUCUGUUACAUUAUUACCAGUUUCAGUGAAAUUUCCUGUUCGUCCAACUGCAAAUCCAACUGAAUUUGAUAAUUCUGCAGAUUCUUACUGUAAGCUGCGAUCAAUGAUUCAACACAAUGACUCAGCAAACCAACAAAAACUGAAUGUGGAUUCUGCUAAACUCCCAAAAGCUCAGACACAGCAAACGCCACCACCACCAUAUGCUUAUACAGAUGUACAUGGAUCUUCUGCAGAAGAACCCUUACAGUCUGAUAAUAUUUCCAUGAUUCGUCCCUCUAUGGUUAGUUUGGACAGCCAUUGUAAUGAUCCACUAGCCAGUCGAACAUCAUCUGCUGCAUACAAGAAUACUGAAGGACAAUUUUUCUCUAGCAUGACCCUUUGGGGUUUAGCUAUGAAGACUUUGCAGAAUGAAAGUGAAUUGGAGCAGUGAGGGCUCAGGUUACUGAAUCGAAACUUAGAGGCAUUUCAUGCAAUAGAUAUGUCUGUGUUGUGAUUACACUGCAGUGUAGAGAGGUCUGAGCUAGUUUUUAAGCCAGCUAGUUUGGGUACUGCUAGAUACACAUGCUAGGUACACAUGCCCAGAACCCAGUGUAGGCUGCCUUUACAUGGCUUCUCAGCAAAGUUCAAAUCUAGUUUUGGGGAUCUUUAUUCUUCUGUUACUGCACUGCGUAGCUGUUCUGUUGUCAGGAUUUGCUAAAAUUUGCCAUUUUGUUUUUCAAUCUGAUAAUGGAAGAAAGGAUGGCCUAAUGUCAAAUUUCAUGAUAUGAGUGCAGUUCAGCUGUGGGUUGUCAGAGUUUUAUGAGGAUGUACAUGUGAAAAGAGGGAAACGUUGAACAAAUCCCUGCUGAAUCUGAAUUUGAAUAGUGGCUUUCUUACCAGUAGGACCAUUGGUUUACAUGACUUGAGUAUUGUGAUAUUAAAAUUAAAUGUUAAAUACUGGACAGUAUUUGUGAUAGUGCAAAGUAACUGUAUAUCUAGAAACUUUAUUUUUUUUACAAUAAAUUUUUUUUUAGUAUUUUAUAAACUAUUUUGCACAGAAGAUUAUUUGUACAAUGAAGACCAAGAUCAGGAAAUGCUAACUUAAUUUGAAUAAAGGGAAGUUGUUUUACAUUGUAUCUUAAUUGCUCGCUGUGUUUCAUCUUUUUAUGAAAGCUUUUCAAUAACAAAAUUCUAUCUGUUCCAGGUGUCUUUACAAUACUAAUGGGAAUAUAAAAUACGUGCAGUCAAAGUACCAGUAGAUUGCUUUGCAUUUCAGUGAAUUAGUGUAAAACAUUAGCUAAUUAAUGGAAUUAAUAGUUUAUUACUGGAUAGAAAUUUUGCUUACAGGCCUUCUCUGCUUUGUUGCUUGGUUGUAUUCAUUUUCAGUGCAGAUCUGUUCCUGCAUUGCUACAGUCAUGUGAGUUUUGCAGGUCUGACUUUUUCCAACCUGUCAGAAAGUUUUAGCAGCAUGUUGUCAAGUUUUACGCUAAAACAUUAUUUAGAUUUAGUUUCUGAAAUGAAAAUAUCCCUAUACUAACCUUCUCCUCUUUGAAGUUCAUUCACAGGCUGGAAGGUCUGUUUGAAGUUCAUACUUCUCAUUUGCUGUAAGAAGUCUCUAUGUUCGCCACUAGCAUGACAGCUGUGAGUAUGGGUACAUCCAGUAUUAUGUGAUAGCACUGCAAGUUUUCAGAGUUGUACUUGCAUGAAAAAUAAUCCAACUUUGUUUGGGACUACAAAAUCACACAGAAAUCCUAAACAGCUACUUAUUUAAAAAUUUUGGUUGUGAAAAGAAGCGGUUUGUAGGCUGAAAAUUAGAAUUCCAUUGUUUUGCAACAGCUAAGUAAAGAUCUGGUAUCACUGCUAUUUUACUAGAAACACAGUUCCUCUGCUAAUAUAUAUAUAAAUGUUUUUUGUAAAUCUGAUAGCUGGAACUCUCUAGUAGUUAAUAUGUAAUGUCACAGUUUCAUGGUAUUAGAAAAAGACAUUGUCAUUUGUCUUCCACUAAAGCACAAAGAUGCAAAUCUAUUUUAAUUGGAUAGUUCUUGGUAGAACAAAAAUUAAUUUUGCUAGAACAGGAGUGUAGACCGCAGAUGACUUAUAGUCCAUGGCUUUCAUUCUGUGGAAGAUCAGAGCCUGGUAAAUACAAUAUUUUUAAAAACGUUAAAGAUCUCUCUGCUUUUUAUUCAGGAAUACAAAACUAGCUGUUCAAUUUCUUAUUGCGUUAACGCUAAUUUAUGUCUUCACUUCCUUUGCUUGUGCUUUGUGCCUCCCUUUUUAUGCAUGCUUUCAACCUGAAUUGAAAUGAGUAAGUUAAUAUUGUUGACCAGAGAUAGCACUCCUUAAAAAAAGGGGGAGGGGGGGGGCCAUAACAUUUUUCUGUAUGAGUCUUGAAAGUUAAAUUUCUCUCAAUAAUUAUUUAAUGUUAUGAGAAACUUUUUUAACUGCAUUAACAGACCAGCUAAAAAACACUCAGAUGCUCUGGAGAGAUCAUAUUAGGAAUUUUUUGUUUACUUUCUUUUCCUGUAAUGCAUUCAUACUAGGAAACUAAAAUGUCUUCAUCAUUCCAGCCGGUGAAGUCAAACCAAAGCUUUUUUCAAUGCCUGGUUUUAAAAAUAGCGUGUAGGGUAGCAGAACACAGUCUCGCUUAGGAUUAAGGAGGUAACAUUUUAUGUAUUUGAACCUUUAAUUCUUUUGUUCAUUGUCUUUUACAUUGUUUGCUGGUGAACACUGCAGAUCUUUGUGGAAAUCAUUGACAUUCUAGUCAACAAUUGAUGUAUUACAGUGACCAUGUGUGCUCACGCAUGCUCUUCCUCUCUUUUUCCUUGCACUAGUGCCUGAGGCAAAAUGUGGGUAUCUGCCAGUCGCUUGUCCUGUAGUUCUCCCCAUGUCAGAAACUGUUUUAAGAUUUACUUAUCCCAAAAGAAAUUAGAAUUUUGAUUCUCUUUCUACAUGGGUUCUGUUGCUUGGAGAGUACAAAUCAGGAUUUUGUGAACCUCCUAACCUUUUAGUUGGCUCUGUUUCUGAAACUCCGGUCUUGUUUUCUCUGUUGGUUUUUGGUGGAGACAGUACAGAAGGACAGAUGUAAAACAGAGACUGUGCUGCAACCUUUGUGCUCUUCUACCACGAAGUUGUAGUUUUCUAGUGCUGGGUGUCUGUACGCUGUGUUUCUUGGAGGAACAUGGUGUUGCUGAAGACUUAAAGUGAAAAUGGCAUCUUGAGUGCUGCUGUAAACAUAUAGUAGAGCUCACGCUCUACUCUGCGCUGCUGCGGCCUCACCUUGAGUACUGUGUGCAGUUUGGGACACCACAGUAUCUUUCUUAUGAAAGAUACAAAGCUGUUAGAGUGUGUCCAAAGGAAGGUAAUAAAGAUUGUGAAGGGUCUAGAGGGGAAGACGUGAGGAACAGCUGAGGUCACUAGGAUUGUUCAGCGCAGAGCAGGCUGAGGGGAGGCCUCAUGGCGGCCUGCAGCUCCCUCACGAGGGGAGCGGAGGGGCAGGCGCUGAGCUCUGCUCUCUGGGGACAGUGACAGGACCUGAGGGAACGGCAUGGAGGUGGGACAGAGGAGGGUUAGGCUGGGUGUUAAGAAAGGGUUCUGCACCCAUAGGGUGGUCGGGCACUGGGACAGGCUCCCCAGAGCAGUGGUGACCAGUGCCUGCACCGAGCCUGCCACAGUUCAAGAAGCGUUUGGACAAUGCUCGCAGACACAUGGUCUGAUUUUUGGGUGGUUCUGUGUGGACCCAGCAGUUGGACUUGAUGAUCGUAAUGGGUCCCUUCCAACUCUGAUAUUCUACGAUUCUAGGUUAGGUUGCUAGCUGUCAAGUGCUUUUUGCUGAGAGGGCGGUCAUGAUGCACAGGGGAUGAUCUCUUGCUUGGCAGCAUUUCUUUCUGUGAGUGCUUCACACCAAAAACAUGAAGGUUCUCAAACCUUCCAGACUGUGAAUAUUGUUUGCAGUUUGGGGUGUUUGAUAAAACGUCUUGUUGGAAUGUGGCAUAUCUGAAAAGGAAGUAGAGAAAAUACUGGUAGGAGAAAGCAGCCCAUGUGAGUCUGCACAGCUGGACCAGAAAAAACAAGAGUUGCAGCUGCAGACAGGAGAUAUUGCAGGAGUGCUUCUUACUACUUAGUUAUUGCUACUUGGCUUAAAGGAAAGGCUGAACAA